AUGGCACAGCCCUUUGAAAACGAUGAACCGUUUGUUUACCGAUUGAACGAUAACGGUUCAGGACCGAGUCUCCUGGUGAGGGUUUGUACGGAUCGCGGCUGGCGUAUAUACCAGGGCUACACCGGUGGCGACGAGAAAUGGAAUCUUUGGUGGAGGACCAGUGCUUUUCCAGCCACCUCUUACAAGGCUUUAGGCGACUGGCAGUUCAUGAAUCAUAUUCCAAAAGGUGGCUCCAUUUGUCGGAAGGACAGCCUGUCUCGCUUACUUAGAUGUAUGAGAAGGAUUUAUGGAUCAAUUUACGAUUUUAGUCCACCCUGCUUUCAUUUGCCAUUGGAAUAUGCGAAGUUGGUAUCGGAAUGUUCUCGUUUACGGCGAGGCGAUGAUGCUGCAAGCUCCAGCGUGGUGUGGAUACAUAAGCCAGUAGCUCAAAGCCAGGGUCGAGGAAUAUUUCUCUUCAGGAGCGUCUGCGAUAUGCGUUGUGGGAGCCCAGCAGUUGUGCAGAGAUACAUCGAGCGGCCACUUCUGAUUGCUGGAUACAAAUUUGAUCUUCGAUUGUAUGUUUGUGUACCCGGAUACCGACCGCUCACCGCCUAUAUGUAUGCAGAAGGCUUGGCGAGAUUUGGAACGGAUAAAUACACGUUAACGGAUAUCCAUAAUCCAUAUAGGCAUUUGACAAAUUCUUCCUUGAAUAAGACAGGUCCUAGGUAUGCUGAGUGUAAGGAUAGGAUAGGCAGUGGUUGUAAGUGGACACUGAAGCAAGUGAGGCGAGCACUCGUCGGUAGAUGGGGUGCAGUGGAGUGGUUAGUUUGGCAGCGGAUAAGGGCACUGGUUACAUUGACGUUAUUGGCGCAGGCUGCGGGGACUCCCCCGGCAAGAAACUGCUUCGAGUUCUAUGGGUUCGACGUGCUACUCGAUGAUACGUUGAAGCCUUGGCUAAUUGAGGUGAAUUUGUCCCCGGCACUGGCGGCGGACUGUGAAGCUGAUGUGAUCGUCAAACAACCAAUGCUGCACGAGCUGUUUGAUCUGUUGGGGCUGCCAAUGAAACAUACGGGUUUGUCAUUGUUGCAAGGACCGCCUACACCACAUAUUACCAGUUAUAGUUCAGAGGACGAGAGUGGUGCAACGAAGCCGCCAUCCAGAGCUGCGAAUGGUCAUCGGCGUGGAGCUCGUCGGGUACGCAGACGUCGAGCGAUGCCCAUACACUGCGUCAACUUACAAGCGCCUACGCUUGACAAGUGUUCUGUGAGCGACUUGACUGAAAAAUCCAAGGAUGUUCAAACAGGAAGGUUAUACAAAUCUUCGUCUGAAAUAAGCUGUGAAGGCCUAGAAUCUCACUCCACACCGAAUGUGGCCUUGUCAUCCGCGGAUCCAGUGGAGGAGACGUGGCGGGGUGGGUACGCAACGGCGGCGUCUCGCCGGCGCAUGCUCACUGCAUGCUCGUGGGGAAACGGCGUGCGCUGGGACCGAGGAGUGGGCCGCGUGGGCCAGUGGGUGCGGAUAUAUCCACACGCAACGCCGAAAGACGAUCAGUUGUCAAUAGAAGAUGCUCGUGAAAGUGUAGCUCAUGUGUCAAAGUUUCUCCGAGCGACGCGCGAGGUGGCUCGAGAGGGCGGGCGGGACAAGAGCGCUCCGCGCGACGGAAGUCGCGACGCGUUCCUGGAGGCUGCACUACGCAAGAAACUCGAGUACGGUUCGAGUUUCGAAGUAUGGCUCCCGCCUUUUUAA